AUGUUAGACGUUGUUAUUCAUGCUCGCUUGCGGUGUGACACGGAGUUGGAAGCAAAUUCUGACCCCCCUCCCCUCGAUUUGCGAGAGGGGACUGGAGCUCCUCCGCCGCUUCCAGGUCAGUCAUUCUACUGUGGAUCUCAACGAUCUGAUCUUAGUGAUAGUUCAAGAUUGCUUGAUAUUGAGGCUGACACUCUUGUGUAUGCAGAAUCUGUCCCACUCGCGCUCAAGGAGAGUUCGCCGGAGCUCGAAGAGAAGCCCUUGGGAUCGCCCGGCAUUGAAUUUUGCGCGCCUACCCUCGUUCUGAUUGACCCUUCGAUCGGCACAUUGUACACCUCUGAGCCCAAUCCCGACGCUCAAUGUACUUCUCCGUUGAUUUCGCGAAGCCCGCGGCCCAACCCGGCACCGUCAAUUGCAACGAUUGGUUCGAUGCCAGAUGCGCCGCCAAUGAGACUCCCGAGGGUCGUAAGGUUCGACCCUACUCCCCCUCUGCUGGUGUCUGAGGCACUUGAGGUCGUUGCUUGCUUGCCAAGGUAUCAAACACGUACAUUGGCCGUUCGGUCAAUUGCCGCUAUAUCCAAAAGCGCCCCAAGCCCUUGCCGAUCGAAGCGCAAGAGGGAAGAAUCUUUUUUCAAAGCUGCGCGGCUUCGCUGAAGCCUUGCACUCAAUGCCUGGCUCGCAAUACAAAUCUGAUGUUGGAGUCAAUUGCUCAAGGUAUGGGCUCUCCCAAACUGCAUCGGACCCUUCCUUGUCAUCAGAACACUCACAUUGGUCAUGGUUUAUCUUGA